CACCAAAUUAGACCUUCUCUUUAAAGUACCAUAUUUGGAUCUGAUAAAUAGAUAGUAAUUUCUUCUAAUGAAUAAAGAUUAGACAGAUGAUUGUGUUAAAAUCGAUGAGGUGCGCAUAUCUUGUAAAUAUCGAGUGAUCUGUGAAAACUGAGACGACUCGAGUGAGAUCGGAGUGCGAAUCGAAUAAAACGUGUCGAAUGGAGUGACGCCAGGAUUUCUCGCAGAUCAUCGUCAUCGUGUCUCAUCGAUGUAGCGCGAUGUCGGCUUGGUGGCCUGUCGUGGCGGCGACGCUGUGCUUCUGGAUAUCCGCUGAAAGCCAAUUGAGCGAUAAUACACCGCCUAUAAUAGGGUUGGAUUAUCGAAAUUGGAAACUUUCGGAGACCGAACCAGUAGGAAAUAUCAUAACCAGAGUUCACGCCAAGGACAACGAGCAGGAUAACUUAAUUUAUGGUCUAGAACGACUGGAAGAUUAUAACGGGGAUAACAAGCCUCAGUCACCAUUACCCUUCUUCAUUAACAAUACAACCGGCAUAAUUUUUCUCAAUGAAACUCUCAAAGGAAGAGCAGGCCAAGAUCUAUCAUUCUAUGUGACUGUUUUCGAUGGUCAUGUUAAAGUGAAACUUGGGGUUUACGUUAACAUCGAACAUGAAUCGACAACGAAUCGGGCAAGGAUAAGGGUACCAUAUUUAAAUCAACCUAAUUCCGGUAGCGGAAUACGACCGCCGUUCCUACCAAAUCUGUCAUCCUUCCCCUCGCCGCCUUUACCCCCGCCGAAACAAUAUCAUCCUGAAAUUACAAAACUUGAGUUGGAGAGAAUAAAACCUAAGGAGAAUGACAGUAACGUCAACAGCAAUACCAUUAGUACUGUUAGUACUGUCAGUACAGAAGAAAGCGUCCGGAUAAACGAAGUAGAAACUCCUGCAUUAAGCUCGAAGGUUGCACCUUCCGCUGCGCCGCCUUCACAAGAUAUGGCGAUGACGUUGGUACCCAUAACAGCUGGAUGCGCCCUUGUUGUAGGUCUUGGUCUAGGUGCCUGGUCCCUGAGAAAUAAAUUUUGCAGUAAUCGCAAAUCCAAGAAGGGACAAGCGUCAGUCAGCGUUUCUAAUUUAUCAGACGAGCCUUCUCUCGUCCUGAAGAGAUGGCGAGGUCCAAAGACUCGUAACAAUCGUUACCAACCAUGGGAGAAGGAAUUCCAAGCAGGCAUUCAGAGUAAACAAGAAGAUAAAUGGGAAUUUCCCAGACAUAGAUUAAAGGUCUUCAACAUCCUUGGGGAGGGUUGUUUUGGCCAGGUAUGGAAAUGCGAAGCCCUAGGUAUCGAUGGCAAAUCUGGCCCCACAAUUGUAGCGGUGAAGACUCUGAAAGAGAAUGCCGCCGAGAGAGAACGACUGGAUCUUGCACAAGAGCUACGUGUCAUGAAGAAUUUAGAUCCUCAUCCCAAUGUUGUACGGCUUCUAGGAUGCUGCACUGAACGGGAACCCAUGUUCGUCAUUCUGGAGUAUGUCAGUGGCGGCAAGCUGCAGAGUUUCCUCAGAGCCUCCAGAGAAGAGAGAAAUCAUGGAGGUGCAGGAUUAACUUCAAGGGAUCUUACUGGAUUUGUGUAUCAAAUCGCCAAAGGUAUGGAAUAUCUGGCAUCAAAGGGUAUCAUCCAUAGAGAUUUAGCCGCCAGGAAUAUUCUGAUCGACGAAAAUCGCGCGUGCAAAGUAGCGGACUUUGGUUUUGCCAGAGACGUAGCGGCUAAUCAGAUUUAUGAGAGAAAAUCGGAAGGUAGAUUACCGAUUAGGUGGAUGGCACCUGAAAGUUUAUAUGAUAACAUAUUCUCCGUUAAAUCGGAUAUCUGGAGCUUCGGCGUCCUCAUCUGGGAGAUUGUAACAUUAGGAUCAACACCAUAUCCUGGACUCGCUGCCGCAGAGGUAAUGCGAAAGAUCAAAGAGGGCUACAGAUUAGACAGACCUGAGCACUGUAAAAGGGAGCUCUAUAAUAUUAUGUAUUAUUGCUGGGACAAGGAUUCGGCAUGCAGACCAUCUUUUGCCGAGCUCGUUAACCUGACCGAAAGCUUGCUGCUUGAUGAGACAGACUAUAUUGAGCUCGACAGAUUUCCGGAUCACUCAUAUUAUAAUGUGCUCAAUCUUAGCGGAGAGAAACUAUAAAUCUCGCGUGAUAAUCGUUAAUGUUAUGUCACCCGAUUUUCACAUAGAUAUGCUGCCACAUAUUUUCACAAAUGGAUUUAACACAUUAGAAUUUAAUUGGAUAUAUUUUCGUCAUAUAAGGAAUUAUAUGGAAAAAUCUGACAGACUAAAUUAUAGAGCUGACAAUUUUUUUAAUCUUAGCCGAAGAGAAUCAUCAAUUAUACGACUCAUCGGAAAUAAUAUUGCAUUUUGCAGUAAUGUGUGUUUGAUGAUUUCGCUUGAGAACUUUGAUUUGAGCUUUAAUUUUUCUGUUCUUUACAGUAAGACUGUUCGAUUAUUCUGUUAAAUACUCAGAUAUACGUGCGUGUUAAAUACUCAUAUGUACACAUACGAAAAAUAUAUGAUUUAUAAUAAUUAAGAAUGAAAAAUGUAAUUAAAUUUAAACACGACGUCCUCUCCACGCUUACAAAUCGAAGAAAAGUAUUCCUAAUACUUUAAUCGCUAUUCAUGUCUAGACAUGAAUCUGUAUAUAUGUACUGAUUGUGAGUUACAUAUUGUUGUAAGUUGUUGUACAAUUGUGUGUUGUAAGAAUAAAAAAAUCUAUAUAUGAA